AUGUUUGCCCCAUCAUUAUCCCGUUUUUUCCUUUUCUUUUAUUCUUUGAUCUUCUUGUCUACACUUUUACAGACUUCCGCUAGUCCCGUUUCUGGUGCUCCUAUUGCGGUUAGAGAUGCACGGAAUGGAAUAAAGAUUACCAAACCGUUUACUACAGAAUCGACUGAUGCUGGUCAGAAUAUAGUUAGCAUACAAUCUGCAGGUAGUCCUUCGUUGACCGGACCUCCGAGAGAUAAAAAGAUCAUAAAUCAUGGCGGACGUGUUCUCACAAACACUGUUAAUGUCUAUUAUAUCUAUUAUGGAUCUUGGCAGAAAAAUGACCAGAAAAUUCUAGAAUAUUUAAUGAGCAACAUCGGUUCAACAAAUUAUUAUAAAAUUGUUACCUCUUAUUAUGAUAGGCUCAGAAAUCCUGUCAGCGGUGGCCUCAACCUUGCCGGAACAUAUACUGAUAAUUACUCGGUUGGCAAAAACAUCACUGACGAUACCAUGGUCGAGGUUGUCGCAAAUGCAAUACAGACCGCUAAUUGGCCAUUAGAUCAAACAGCCGUUUAUUAUAUUCUCGGAAGCGCAGAUGUGAAUCAUACUUCCGGCUUUUGUGAAGACUUUUGCGGGUUUCACACUUUCGAUACCAUACGUGGUAAACCCAUCAAAUACGCGUUUGUUGGUACGCCUACUAGUUGUCUUGAGGGAUGCGCUCCAUUACAAGCCGGCGGAAAAUCUCCCAAUAACAGUCCUGCUAUUGAUGGAAUGGCCAGUGUUAUUAUGCACGAACUGGUUGAGAGCGUCACUGACGGAGAAUAUAAUGCUUGGUAUGAUGAUGCUGACUAUGAGGCUGCUGACAAAUGUGUCUGGAAUUACGGUGGUAGUGCAUUUAUUAGGAACGCUACUAAUGGUGGUUUAUUUAACGUAGUAGUUGGAUCAAAGAAAUUUCUCCUUCAGCAAUUGUGGCAUACACAAAAGAAUUGCAGUCUUUCUGUUUGA